AUGGAUUCUGGGGAACAGAAGCAACCAUCGUGGCGGAUUAAGUUCCAGCUUGGCUGGAGUAUGGUCACUGCGGACGCCACUUUCGCUGACAAGUCCGGACUCCACCCCAACGUCCUCCUCCUUACGAUUUGCCCUUCCCUUCUCAAGCGUAUAGCAUCUCCCAUCCUCCCAUACCUUCCGGAAACAAUACAAUCGAUCGCUAAGGCUAUAUGGCCGGGCCUAUUCCUUCCCUCCCAGGUUAUUCUUAAGAAAUUAAAGCCUGACUGGGACGAAGAAUUCGAUCAUGAAAAGACCACGUACGAAGCCUUGGACACUCUCCAAGGGGAUGUUCUUCCCCAACUCUUUGGAGAAGCUCAGUUUGAAGGAACACGCGCGCUUAUCCUAUCAUACGUAGCUGGCGUAUCUUGCGAUAAGGUUACACACUUCGAGGUCGAGGACUUCCAGCAGAUGCUCGAGCAGGCCUUCCUGCCUUUACAACGGCUUGGUUAUGUACACGACGACCCUAGGCUAGAUAAUUACCUCCUCGUAGAGGACAGGAAGAUUGUAGUAUUGGAUCUCGAGCAUCUUUGUGAGGAUGACAUGGAUACUGUUGACUUUACCGCCGGCACUAUACUUGAGAUGCUAAUGCUUUGGUAUAAACGGCAUAAGGAAGCUGUCGAGACGGGCAAUAUUCGGUAA